AUGAAAUGAGGAACAGCUGUCCUUGACAAAAGUUGACCUCAAGUAACCCCUAAUGACGUCACACAAUUCAAGAUGGCCGCCGAGGGAAGAAAAUAAGAACAAAACGACGAUCUUUUGACGUUUUAGCGAGUUUUUGACGACUACGGAGAGUCUAUCCAGCCUGUAACCCAGCCAUGUCUGACCGUAAAGCAGUGAACAGGUACUACCCUCCGGACUUUGACCCACAGAAGCACAAGUCCAUCAACAAGUACCGUAACUCCCAUCCCCUGAGAGACCGCGCUCGCAAACUCUCCCAGGGUAUCCUCAUCAUCAGGUUUGAGUUGCCAUACAACAUCUGGUGUGGAGGAUGUGGGAACCAUGUGGGCAUGGGUGUGCGUUACAAUGCGGAGAAGACGAAGGUGGGGAUGUACUACACCACACCCAUCUACAAGUUCCGCAUGAAGUGCCACCUGUGCGACAACCGCUUCGAGAUCCAGACGGACCCCAAGAACUGCGACUACGUCAUCGUCAGCGGCGCGCGGAGGAAGGAGGAACGCUGGGACGCCGCGGAGAACGAGCAGGUUGUCUGUGAAGACCAUGAGGAUAAAAAGAAGAUGGCGUCCGACCCGAUGUUCCGCCUGGAACACGGCGUGAAGGACCAGGACAAGAGGAAAGCUGCCGUGCCACGCCUGGCCGAGAUCGAGCAGUGGAAGUCCCAGUGGCAAGACGACUUCUCACUCAACCAGAGGGCUCGCAGGAAGUUCAGGGGAGAGAAGACCAUGCUGAAGGAGGAGGCAGCAGAAGACGCUGCCCUGCUGGAGAAGUCGUCCCUGGCGAUCCCGCUCGUCCGAGAACACGAGGACGACAAGAAACUCGCCUCGCUACUCAAAUAUCACAGCCUGGAUUCUUACGAGAAGAAGCAGAAACAGAAGAGAGAGGCGAUUGCAAGUCGGUCCAUUUUUUCCACCCAACCCUCGACCUCCACAGCAGUCUCCCCAGGCAAGGACAACAAGCUACUGGAUGCCAAAAAGAAGUUGGGACUCAGUCUGCCGAAAAAGGCACCCUCUGCAUUUGACCUGGAACAACCUGCACUUGGUGUCAGAAGCGAGAUAAAACAACUAGUUAAGAGAGUGUCGGACAACAACGACACAUCGGCCAAAGAAAAAGACUCUGUUAACCAAACCAAUAAGCAGAACGGUUCACAUUGUUCCAGUAGUUUGCCAUCAGGCAUUGAAAAGAAAGCUCCACAUAGAACAGGGAACAUUGAAGAGGGGACAGAUAAUGAUUGUCAGACAGGAAGUGCCAAAGAACUGUUAGAUGGGAGUACAGACAGAAGUGAUAACGCAACAAGGAGUACAAGCCUGGGUCUGGUGGAGUAUGACUCAGAUGAGGACAGUGUAUGAAUGAAUGUAUUAAGCACUGGUUAUUUUUUAUGAAUAUAUGGGCUUUUCUGGCAUGCACAUAAAACCAUGGCCAUUGAAGGUUUUGUGGAAUCACUGAACAUUGGUUAAAACUAUCUCUAAUACAUGUAGUGUUGUGUCAUAUAACUAUGUACAUACUACCUAAAAGCAACAUUUAUACCAGUAUGUAAUUUCCAUACUUUGAACACAUUGAGAGUUUAAAAACUUGUUUCUUUUGUCAAUAAAAGAUGCAACAUU